GGCUGCAGCAUUUAAAGGGCCGGCCCUGCAGUGGCCGGUCCUAACAGAAUUUAGGGCAGCCUGGGGGGCAAUUGCCUCCCUGCCCCCCGGCCCAGCCCGCCCCUGGAGACAAGUUUUAAUUGCCUCCAACAGAGAAUAAUAGGUGAUGUUAAAGGGAUCCCCCCAAUGCCCAGAUUCUUUUGUAUCUGUAGAGCUAACAUAAUCAAAUUGAUAACAUCCCUAUUUGCCGAAGUUGUCAGAAGGUGUUUCUGAACUUAUUUAUAAAAGCGCUAAUUUCAAGUAGAAAUCAGCACUUUUAUAAACUUCAAUCAAAACAAGCAUAUCUGAAAAGCCAGUGUUUACAUUAAAAAGCCUGCAGGGACUGACUAUACUCACCAGAACAACUACAGGGUGGCCUGUAAGUCUCUACCCAUCCAUAUAUCUUAUGUAUCCAGUGUAUCUGUGUGCUGGAUGGGUAGGGACUUAUGGGCCACCCAGUACAUUAAGCUGUGGUGGUUCUGGUGACCAUAGUGUCCCUUUAAUUGUAAGAUUCAUUUUGAAUUUACUUUAUUGAAUAGCCCUGAUGGAAUUCUCUAACAAGAUGCAGCUACAGCAUGGUUAUAUCGAGCUUUACGCUCAGGCCGAGGCUGCUCUAAGAAAACAUUUGGGUUUAUUUACUAACCUGUAGAUGCGAGCUGGUUUUAUAUUGUCCCUGCUGUUGCACAGCUCGCCCACCCGAAAUGCCAGCAGUCCUAACAGAAAACGACCCUGUCCUUACCGUGUGAGCGUGGGUUCUAAUGACAGGAUUCCAAACAGAACGCUUGUACAGGAGCGUGUUUCCAGCCGAGCUCCGCAGAACGCUGCACACUUCUGGGUGUACACAGCCACAGCUGCUACUGAGUGGGAGAGCUGCACCUCGUACUAAUCAACUGAGUGAUCACUGAGCCAGUACACCGCCAUUCGGUUUGUGCAUACACGGUUACAGGUGUUAUAGGUAUGCUUUAUCUCAAACUGCAUUGUGGACUACAGAUAAUAGGAUGAUCAGUUUACAGAGAUUCGUGUAUCACGUAUUAGCAUGGGCUGUUUCGUUUGUUUUACACGUUGCAAAGUAGAUCUUGCAGGAAGCAAGCGACAAUAUUGCAUUUUAUAUUAGGAGAAUAGAUCUUAUUAUUAUUUUAACAUAUAAUAUAUCCUGGCAGGGUCAAGCUGCAAUCACAUCUACUCUUGAAGAGCAUGAUUAUAUGUCAGUGGUUUAACCCAUAAGAAUAACUUUCAUAACUUUCUGAUACGUGAGAUUUGUUGUGUUGCCCAUUUUAAACAUUGCUAUGGUUAUUUGGUAAACUGAAAUUGUUAAUAUCUGUGUUCUUUCUUCUUACAGUCUGUGACGGCACUCUAAAACACUCAUGGACAAGCUUGAAGGUUACUAUUUCUCCGCUUUAUUUAGCGGCUGCUUUCUGCUAUCCAGUGUACUUUUUUCAAAACUCACCAGAGAACAAAGAGAUCCAUACAUGGAUGAAAUUUUCCACAUCCCACAGGCACAGCAGUACUGCCAUGGUCACUUUAAUCAGGUAUUAAGUCACACAAAUACAGAAUAAUUUUGGAUUAUGUCACUAGUAAAUGUAUAAGUUUAGUUUUACUUCCCCUUUAUGGGGAAUGUUAUAGUUAAAGGACCACUAUAGUACCAGGAAAAAAAACUUGUUUUCCUGGCACUAUAGUAUUAAUAGGUCCCCCCUCCCACCGGACUCUAGGCGCUGGGGACUCCCCUCCCUCUUCUGCCGAAUGCGCAGAACGCGCACGCAUUCAGUCAGUCCAUAGGAAGCAUUCUCAAUGCAUUCCUAUGGACGCUGGCGUCUUCUCACUGUGAAAAUCACAGUGAGAAGCGUGGAAGUGCCUCUAGUGGCUGUCAAUGAGACAGCCACUAGAGGCUGUAUUAACCCAUAUGUAAACAUAGCAGUUUCUAUGAAACUGCUAUGUUUACAGCAGGCAGGGUUAACCCUAGUUGGUCCUGGCACCCAGACCACUUCAUUGAGCUGAAGUGGUCUGGGUGCCUAUAGUGGUCCUUUAAGCUUUAAAACUAACCGCAACUAACGACUGUUUCCAAACUACAAAAUCGAAUCGAUUGCGACUGGUAAUUCCCUGCGACAAAAGAGUUAUCAUCUCCAAUAGGAUGUAAUAGGUGACCUUAAAGGGAUCCCCCGCAAUGCCCAAAUUCUUCUGAUUCUGUGGAACUAACCAAAUCGAGAUGAAAACUUCUCUAGUUGACAGCCAGAAGGAGUUUCUGCACUUAAUUAUAAAAAAAUGCCUAUUUCAAAUAGAAAUAAGCAUAUCCUCACACAUAAAGCUCUUCAGAAAGCCAUAGCAUACUUACCAGGGGUUAAUUUGUAGAUGCUAGGCCUAGUGAAUGGCAAUUGUGCGAUGCAUGGAUGUCUUUAUGUAUAUACACACAAUGAUCAGAAGCAACAUUAAGACCACCUGACUAAUAUUGUUUAGGUCCACCUCACUCUGCCAAAACAGCUCGGAUGCGUUGAGGCAUGGACUCCACAAGACCUCUGAACAUGUCGGGUGGUAGCUGGAACAAAGACAUUAGAAGCAGGUCCAUUAAUUCAUGCAAGUUGCAAGAUGGGGCCUGCAUAGAUCCGAUUUGUUGUUCCAGCACAUUCUAGAGAUGCUCAAUUGAAUUGAGAUUUGGGGAAUUUGGAGGCCAAGGCAACACCUUGAACUCUUUGUCAUGUUCCUCAAACUAUUCCUGAAUAAUUUUUGCAGUUUGGGAGGGUGCAUUAUCCUGCUGAAAGAGGCCACUGCCAUCAGGGAAACAUCAUUGCCGUGAAGGGUCUGUAGGCAGUCUGCAACAUCCUCUAGGUAGGUGAUACGUGUCAAAGUAACAUCCACAUAAAUACCAGGACCCAGGUGUCCCAGCAGAACAUUGCCAAGAACAUAACAUUGCCUCCACCAGCCUACCUUCUUCCCAUUAGUUCACUGCAUACCAGGGACACCCCACCCCAUAAGACUUGUCGUUUUGGAGAUGCUCUGACCCAGAUGUCUAGCCAUCACUAUUUGUCCCUUGUUAAAGUCACUCAGAUCUUUUUGCUUGUUCAGUUUUACUGCCUGUUGUGAACUGACCACUUGUUUUCCAAUGUAUCCAACUUCUUGACAGGUAUUGUAUAUUCACUUAAUUAAAGUGGACAUCGCUAUACAUAAUUUAAGACCAUAAAAUCCAAUUUAUAUAAUACCCAAAAAGUGUCAAUGUGAUACACCAUAUGUGUACUUUGAUGAUUUUGAUAAAUAUAUCAAAUCAGUGGAGUAGAAUUUAUGUCUCUGUAAGCAAAUAAAACCGAAUACUUUCAUUGGGUAGUGCAGCUUUACCACCAGGAUUUUUGGAAUGAAAACUGGAAAUAGUUGGUAUCACACUAACAUUUUAACGAGCCUGUUCUUAUAACUGGCUCAGCUAAUAUCCGCUUGAGUGUGAGUAUGCAGAAUUCACUUGCAGCACAACGCGUUUUUUAACGUUCUGGAAGUCUUCCUCAGCUGCUUAUAUAUUGCUCAGGUAAGUUCCUAAUAUUUAAAGCCCUUUUUGGCACCAAAUGAGCACCUAAAUCCAACCCAUUUCUGGCACCAAACGAGCGCCUAAACCUGGCUCGUUUUUGGCACUCGUUUAUCGCCAAAAAGGGCUUAAAUUAGAGGAACUUCCCUGUGCAAUGUAUAAGCACCUGAGGAAAGGAUCCAGAACGUUGAAACGCGUUGUGCUGCAAGUGAUUUCUGCGUGCUUAAAUGUAAGGCUUUUAAUGCUCUGUGAAUAAAUGCUUCUGAUUUUACUCUGAUGAAGGCUGCUUUUCUCCUGUUUCAUAUCUGACAAAACAAGCUGCUACCAAUCCUGAUUGAAAACAUAAGUAUCACACUCAGGCUGAUUUUACCUGAGCCAGUUAUAAGAACACGUUUGGUUUGAUUGCAGUGGCGUACAUACCAGGGUCGCAGGGGUCGCGGCUGCGACCGGGCCCGGCCCACCAGGGGGCCCGACCGCCCCUGCGACCUGGUAUGUACCCACAGGGCCAGCCUCUUCCCCUGGGGGGCCCAGGAGGCGGCCACCUCAGGCCCCCCCCGAGGCUGGCCCUGCUGACCCCAGCGGGCGGGCGGGCUGUCUGGGCGGCCGGUGCGCGAGGGAGCACUUUCCCCUGUGUGCUUCCUCUUCAGCUCCCUCGCGCACCGCACUGAUGCCGGAGCUGGAAGAUGACGUCAUCUUCCCGCGCCGGCAUCCCUACGCGGCGCGCGAGGGAGCUGAAGAGGAAGCACACAGGGGAAAGUGCUCCCUCGCGCACCGGCCGCCCAGACAGCCCGCCCGCCCAGUGACCUGCCGCCCAGGAGCUAGCAGCACCAAUGGACCCCAGGGAAUCCCCCCAGCACUCCAAAAGGUUAAGGAGGCUUGGGGGAUUAAAUUUAAAAAAAAAAAAGUGUGUGUGCGUGUGUUAGUGUGUGCGUGUGUUUGUUUGUGUUAGUGCGUGUGUUUGUGUUAGUGCAUGUGUCUGCUAUUGGGUGUGUGUCUGCUAGUGAGUGUGUUACUGUGUGUGUCUGUUACUGAGUGUUUGAUGUCUGUUAGUGAGUGUGUGUCAGUGAAAGUGUAUGUUUUGUAAGUGAGUAUGUAUGUCUGUCGCUGAGUGUGUCUCUGUCAGUAAAUGUGUGUCUGUUAGCUAGUGUGUAUGCGUCUGUUCGUGAGAGUGUGUGUGUGUGUCUUCAGCAUUUACCUUUCUCCAGCGUCGGACUCCCCAGUGUCCGCCUCUCAGCACCGAAUGCACAUGCAAGAGGUGCGCGCGCAUUUAAACCGCCCAUAGGAAAGCAUUACUCAAUGCUUUCCUAUGGACGUUCAGUGUCUUCUCACUGUGAUUUUCACAGUGAGAAUCGCGGAAGCUCCUCUAGCAGCUGUCAAUGAGACAGCCACCAGAGGCUGGAUUAACCCUCAGUGAAACAUAGCCGUUUCUCUGAAACAUAGCCGUAGGGUUAAAACUAGAGGGUUAAAACUAGAGGGACCUGGCACCCAGACCACUUCACUGAGCUGAUGUGAUCUGGGUGUCUGUAGUGGUCCUUUAAGUGUGUGUGCAUACCGCGGUCGCGGGGUCGCAGCCCUGCAACCCCUGCGACCAGGUGCCCGCCGUCAUGUGUUGCGGCCCCGACCCGCGCCGAGUAAGCGCGCGCGGGGGGGGGGGGUGGGGGGGCGGCACGGAUCAAUUUUCGCACCGGGGCCCCAUGGGUCAUGUGUACGCCACUGUUUGAUUGGGUAUAUUUAUUAAAAUAACCAAAAUAAACAAACACAUGGUGUUUCACAUUGACACUUUUUGAGUAUUGUAUAAAUCGGAUUUUGUGGUUUUUAAAUGUGUUGCAUUGUUCACAAAUUUUAUGUUUUAUGUACAUUGUGAAAUUUGAGUGAUUUUAAUUAUUUUUUUUAUUUUUUAUUAUUCUUUAUUCCGGGAAAAGACACCAAUACAAUAACAAAAGCAGUAAAACAGACUUAACCCCUUAAGGAUGCAGCUUCAAAAACUGGACUUACCCUUAAGGACACAAGCAUUUUUUGCUGUUUGUGUUCAACUUCCGUUUGCAUUUUUCUUAUUUAUUGCACCAACACAUGUUAUAUAUAAUUUUUUAAAGGACAAAAAGGGCUUUAAUUUGAUGUGACUUAUACAUAUAUAAAUUCUUAUUUAUUAUAAAAAAAUUCAAAAAAAUUGUUAAGGAAAGUAAUUUUAAAAAAAAAUAUUCAAUUCGUUGUUCUGAUUUUCAGAGUACAUAAUGUGUCUAGGAUUUAAGCUUAUUUUGAAAGUUACAGGUCACAAAAUACAAGGAAUAAAAUAACAUUUUAAUGUGGAGCUAUUUUAGAAUUUGGUAUGUUUGUCUUGUACUCGUAAUAGCCAUCACAGAAAGCAAAAUUGCCGCACAAAAGUACAUAUUUAUAUAAAGCACACAUCACAGGCUAUUUACCAAAGGGUAUUCUGACACUUUUUACGUAGCCAUUUCACCGCCAAUCUCUGCUAAAUAUUGUAGUAAAAUUGUGGGGUUUUUUCAGAUUUCUAACAUACACACAUAAAACAAGGAUUUUUAAUGUAUAUUUUAUAACGCUGAUAUAUACUACUGCUGUAGAAAACCCCAUAUUGUUUUCUUUUUUUUUUUUUUUUUUACAAUCUUUAUUUUGCGUUUUCAUAAACAGGAAAAUACAGAAAGAAGACCACAAUAGCUUUGAGUUAGUGUCACGUUCCAAGGGUACAUUCAAGAACCACAUAGAAAUCGCAUUUAUAAUACAGUUCUAUCUAUAAAACAACUGUGAAAUACAGCCCAUCUGACUUCUUUAUACCUUACUAUUCUUAUUGUUUGUUUUUGACAUUCUUCAGUUAUCUGUUAUUAUCCAGGAUAAAUGGGGGUGUGGGAGAGAAUAGGGAAAGGAGAUUAGUCAGGGGUACGGGAGUAGCGUUAACUAUAGCGAACACCAAGGGUCACAGGAUCCACACGUUCAAUUCUGUCCCUCUUUUAGCUACUUGCGAUUAUCUAGAUUAUAUCGGCAUGAAUAGAGUCUGUUUGCGUGUCGCCACUUUUUUUUUUUUUCUUUUCUUUAAAUUAGCGUUGGACGCACAUAUCAAAUGUAAUGGUUCUCGUAAACGUUUGAGACGGUUAGCCUCUUUUGUAUGGUUUCUGCGCCUGUCAAGUGUGUUCGUCCUGGCGGAGGGGUGCCCCAUAUUGUUUUCAGCCAUAUCAACUGAGUAAAACGAUACCCCCUAUCUAUGCCUUUGCCAAUAUCCUGUGAAGUUACAGUGUCAUAAAAGAGACCUGACCAUUUCAGUUUUCACAGUGAUAAUUUUGAUUGAUGGGGGCAAGUCUCGUUUUGGGGCAUUGUUUAACUGUUGAAUUUAUCCCUCAAGGACCUACUAUUGGUGAAAGUAGACACUACACUGUAUCACAUAUGGUGUAUAUUGUGCCUUAAUGUGAUGCCAUUUUUUCACCAGUUUAUGUCAAACUUUGCGGUAAAAUAUUUUUUUUUCCAUUUUUUUUUUUUUUUACAUACACAUUACAUUUUUUGGGGUCAUUUUUCAAGUCUGGUAUGUGCCACUGUUAUCAAAACCCCAUAAUUAUUCUCAGCAAACUCUUCUGAAUAAAACAGUACCCCCAAUGUAUGUCUGUGUCACUAUCCUGUGAAGCUACAGUGCCUUAAAAGAGUCCUGACCAUUACAGUUUUUACAAUUAGAAUUUUGAUUAAUGGUUUGAUGUGUCUAUAUCACAUUUUAGGGCAUUGUAGCAAUUUGACAGUUAAAAUUACCCCAUAAAUUCAUACCAUUUGUGAAAGUAGACACCACGGGCUAUGUCGUAUGGUAUAUUUUGAGCUUUAUUAUACAGUUAUGUUAGCACCAAUUUCUUUAAAAUUUUAUCAUAUUGUUUUAUUUUUGCAUUUUUAUACACACAUGUUGUAUUUUAGUGGUUAAUUUUGGAAACGUGAUAUAUGCUACUUUAAAUUAAAUCACUAAAUUAUUCUCCGCUAUAUUUCCUGAGUACAAAAUGACCCCCUUUGUAUACCUUAGCCAGGUUUUUGUGAAAAAAAUACAGGGCUAAAACCAUACCCAGCCCAAUACAGUUUUUUUUAAAUGGCAAAUUGACGAUGGGUCUUUGUUGCAUUUUAGUCGCUCAUACAUUUAAAUUAUGCCUCCAAUGCAUACCAUUUACAACAGUGGACACCAUAGGGACUCUCACAUAAAAUAUUAUAAGCUUUAUUGAUGUGACAUUUUGUUACCAUUUUGUUUCAAAGUUUGUGGUAUUUAUUUUUAUUUUAACAUUGUUACAUACACAUAGUAUUUUUGAUGCUUAUUUUUUAAAUCUCGUGUGUCCCACUGUCAUAAAAUUAUUUUAGCUGUACUCAGCAACAUCUUCUCAGUACAAAUAUACCCCAUAUGUAUAUUUUUGGAAAGUAGCGAUCUUAAUCCCAAUCUAAAUCCCUAAUCCUAAAUCAAGCCCUAAUUUUAAACCAAAAACUAAUCCCAAAUCUAACCCUCAAUCUAAUAAUAAACCCUUACCACAAUCCUAACCCAUAACGUAAUCCCAUGUGUAACCUUAAUCCUAAUCUCAAUCCUACCUUUAGCAAUAGUGUUAAAAUGAUUCCCCCUGCUGGUGUCAGCAGAGGAAUUCACUUACAAUAUUCAGCAAGGGAUGCCCGUACUGACCCUAAUACUAAUCUGAAACAUAAUCCCAAUACUACAAUUAAUUAUAAACCUAAUCUUAAACCUAAAUUUAACAAUAAACCCAAUAAUAAAACUGAUAAUAAAUCUAGUACUUAUUCUAAACCGAAUAAUAAUCCUUAAUUUAAUCUUAAUCCCAAAGUUUUCCCUCUACUAAUAUCAGUACUGAUAUUAGUAAAGGGGUUUUAAACUAAAAUAGACAGUGAUAUGUUGCUGCCAUCUACUGGCUAUUUUCAGUAUUGCAGUCUCCCAUCUCUUACAUUGAAGACAUUAUGCCCAAUGCAAUGCGAUCUGUGCUGGGCAACUGAAAAUGCCCAGCAUUGAUCAGAAUGUCAUUGGGGCAUAGAGGGUGAUCCUCCAGGGUCUCCCAAGCACCAGAUAACUUGAGAGAAUGACCGUAGCUGAGCUUGAUUGCUCAGCUGCAGUGUUCUUUGUGGAUUUAAAUGGCUACAUGCAGUGCUGACUUUCAGCACUGCAUGAAGCUCAUCAAAAAGUCUGGGGCCACUAAAAAUGACCCCAGCUGACAGAGUGAGGCCCCAGGUAUCUAUUGAUACGUAGGUUUCCUAAUGUGAGCAGAGAUUUAACCCUGCUCACACUACAUUGCUGUCUAUGGGGAUUUAAAUCCCCAUUAAAAGAGCUGCUUGUUGACCUCACUUUGAGCUCUGCAUGCAGCUCAUAAAAAAAAAAAAGCCUGGGGACACUAAAAAUGGCCCCAGCUGACAGAGGGGACCCCCAGGUUUCUAAUGAUACCUGGGUGUCCUAGUGUGAGCAGGGAUCUAACCCUGCUCACACUGCAUUGUGCUCUAUGGGGAUUUAAAUCCCCAUUUAAACAGCUGCAUGCCGAUCUGACUUUGAGCUCUGCAUGCAGCUAAGCUGUCAGUCUGGGGACAUUAAAAAUGACCCCAGCUGACAGAGGGGAGACCCAGGUUUCUAAUGAUACCUGGGUUUCCUGGUGUGAGCAGGGAUUUAACCCUGCUUACACCAAAAUCUAGAUAUAGGCAUUUAAAUAGGAAUCAAACGAUACCUGGGGCUCAUAGCUACCAGCAAGGCAAUAGACGCUGCUGGAAAAAUACUGCAUGAUGGAAAUUUUCCGUCAUGCGUCCUUAAGGGUAGGACCGGCAUGACGGGAAAUUUCCGUCAUGCGUCCUUAAGGGGUUAAAUACAGUAGAACCAUGACAAAUUCACAAUGGUACAAACAUAUGUAAAGACACAUUGGUUAUUCGUAGCGCAGCAAUAACGUCGAUAAAACAUUACAGUUCCUCAGUACACGUCUCUACUGUGGUGCUGUUCCGUUCGGGUUUUCAAUUUAUUUUAUUUGUAAAAUAGAAUAUAUAGAAACUGACUGAACAAAGAAAAAGCAACUGCUGCUCCAGUGCUUUUAUCCGAUGAUCAGUGAUUAUCCCAUUGAGGAUCACCGGCAUUGAGGACCUCAACCCCACUUUAUAGGCCCCAAUAUUGAAUAAGCACCUGUCCAGACCGGUGGUCCAUGCUAUGGCUAAGUCUCGGCGCAACAAUUGUCAAGCGCCUAUGGGAGCAUGGGCUAGCCUUCCAUUGAUAGUCAGGGACACGAGAAAAAGAGGAAAAGAAAUGAUCUUGAUGGAUCUAGAGAGAAAAUAGUGAGAAAGGUAAAGGAGAGGAAAGAGGAGUGAGAGGAGAUUAAGGGGGAUCCCGCAAAGAAGCCAUCAGGGGACUCCGCUCCUCUACCGAUCGACCGGGGGCGAGACGCGUCUAGAAGUUUGUAUCUUUAUUAUCCUAUAUUGCGGACCCUGACAAGUACCUCUCCCGGUAGGGGGAUCUCUCCAGUCCCCCUUGUAAGGGAGACCAGGAUGAUUACAGUUGUGAACAGGAGAUAUUCCUCGAACAGUAAUAUUGUGGGGGGCUGAACCCGCCCCGCUCCGCUCUCAAUUACCCAAAUGGGAAUCCAUCCAAGGGCCCCAUACCUUUUCAAACUUCCGCAUAGUGCCCCUAACCUGAGCUGUCAGCUUGUCCAUAAGUAGCGUGUCCCUGAUUUUUUUUUUGUGUGACCGCUGCAAUUGGGGGGGUCUUGCUUUGCAACCAAACCUGCGCCAAGGCCCUCCUGGCUGCCAAAUCUAUCUUAUGUAUAAGUUUCUGUUCCGUUCUCGACCAGUCAUCCAUAGACUGGGCCCAGAGGAACACCCAGGGGUCUAGUUUAAUUUCCCUGUCAAACCAGAAUUUCUGGGCCUCUGUACAAUCCCACACAUGUGUAAGUAAGUCCCCCUCUGGCCGCACCCCUUGUUGGGGUUUUGUUCAUUCUAUAAAGUUUCACCGGUGCAGUAUACCACCAAAACAGUCUUGUAAGCUUGUUCCUGCAUCGAGACACACAUUGAGGAUGUUGCGGCUGCCUCCCAGAUUUCCUUUCACUCAAUGCCCUCUAAUACUUCCUUAAGAUCCGCCUCCCAUUGGUCUAUAUAAGUAAGCUCACCCCAUUCCAGAGUAUUGGCACUGAGGAGAGCAUAAAGGCUAGAUAUCAGGCCUGUUGGGAAAUGCUCAUCUAAGCACAUCCGUUCAAAAAAAUGUAGGCUGCGUUAACGCAGCCUCUUUAAUCACGGGGCUCAGGGCAAUCUCCCGAAGUUGGAGAUAUCGAAAAAAGUUAGUAAUUUGUUUGUAAUUGCUCAAAUGUAGCCAAGGAUCCAUUUUCAAACAGAUGGCAUAAUCGCUGUACUCCCGUGUUUUCCAAACCUCAGAAGUCUCUUGCAGUCAUCCCUGGUAGGAAGGACGCAUUCCUCAAAUAAGGAGCCAGCGGAGAAGGGGAGGAAGACAAACCAUAUUGGGAUGACGUGGAAUCCCAGAUUUUCAAAGAAUUCAGUAUAGCUGGGCAUUCCACAUGCAAAUUCGGCCUAUGUUCCUUAGGAACCCACAUAAAGAAUUGAGGGAUAUCCGAGCCCAGGAGGGAAGCUUCUAGAUCUACCCAUUGUCUCUCUUCAGGAGGAGCGCGCCAUAGCGCUACCUGGGUUAGCUGAUAAAAGUAGAGGUUUGGUAACCCUAAACCUCACUUCGAUUUUGUUCUGUAAAGAACAUUACAGGAGCCCCUAUGAUUCCUUUUCUGCCAGAUGAAUUUCCCUAUGGCCUGUUGUAGAGCCCCUAAGUCAGAUUUGGUCAAUCUGACCGGGAGGGGAAAUUUUAGUGAUUUCUAGCUACACUUUUUUCCCCCCACUUUUAAAGGUAUUAUUCACUUCACCUUUCCAGUGGAUUUAACCCUUAAUGUUAGGGUGGGCUAUACCGUCCUCUAAAAGGAGGGUAACGCCGUUAGGAUGGCAUAGCACGCCAUUGCGAUCUGCACCCUUCGGCCCAGAUACUUACCAUUCGUAACAAUUUCAUUGACAACUGAGGCAGUUGCCCUGAAGCAAAUCCUGCCCAUCCACGCCUUGUGAUUGCCAUGACACAUGUCACAGAUGUACAGGAUUUACUGUAUCAGAUUUGCAGUUUACAUCACUGCCUAGGUUGUCAGGCAGAUCCCCCAAUAUAACUUUAAAUAAGACAAAACAAUAUUUGAAAUAUGCUGGAUUUAUGCUUACGGCCCUGCCUUAGCUUUUCAGUCGGGUUGAGGUCUGGAAUUUGACUGGGCCAUUGCAACACCUUGAUUCUUUUCUUUUUCAGCCAUUCUGUUGUCAAUUUGCUGGUGUUGUUGGCAUUCAUUGUCCUGUUGCAUGACACAAUUUCAGCCAAGCUUUAGUAGCCUCUUGAAUACUUUGGUACACAGAGGAGUUCAUGGUUGACUUAAUGAUGGCAAGGUUACCAAGUCCUGUGGCUGCAAAACAAGCCCAUAUCAUCACCCCUCCACCACGGUGCUUGAGAGUUGGUAUGAGGUGUUUGUGCUGAUAGUCAAAUGAAAUUUUAGAUUGGAGAUACCCCUAAAUUGUUCUUGUAGUAGUAAUACUUUUUAAGUAUAUAGUCCUCUUUCAAGGUUGUGGGCUGAAAUGUUGCUUUGCAUCUGCUUCAAUAAAUCUGCUCACUGGAUUUAACUUGAGUGCCUGGACCAUCAUUAGUUGUUUGCAAAUUACAUUGUGAGGAUUAGCCAACUUCGGAUUCAGUUGCACCCUGGGAUCCAGGAGUGCGUAUCCAUUUUGGUAACUAUACAAGUAACUUAAAUGGCCAAGCUAGUAACUUUGUAUUUGACUUUUUGUGUCGUGACAUUACUAUAAAUGUUUUGUUUUAUUUUUUUUAUUUUUUUUUCUGUUUGGUUUUUAAAGCUCUGCCUUGGGCAUAAAGCUACCGUAUAUAUUCGAGUAUAAGACUAGUUUUUCAGCACAUUUUUUGUCUCGUCUUAUACUCGAGUCAGUGUCUGUAUUAUGGCAACUUACAUUGCCAUAAUACAGACCAGGACCACCGGGCUCAUUACAAGCCCGGCGGUCCUGUUGGGGUCUGGGAGCAAGCUGUUACUUACCUUUACAGCAGCUCUGUUAAGCUCCCUUCUCCUCCGUGCCGUUCAGCUCCACUGUAAGUCUCGCGAGAGCCGUGGCCGUCAGAGCUGCAAGAUUUACACUGGAGCUGAAUGGCACGGAUGAGAAGGGAGCUGAACGGAGCUGUUGUAAAGGUAAGUAACGGCUUGCUCCCAGCCCCCCUCCUGCACAGCCCAUCCACUGGACCACCAGGGAAUAAUAUACCCCCCCCUCCCUGGCCAGCUAACAAGCAGGGAGGGGGGACGAAAAAAAUAAAAUAAAAAUGUAAAUAAUAUUAUAAUAAAAAUAAAAGUUUAAUAUUAACAAUAAACAUAAAAAUUUAAUAAUAAAAAAAUAAUAAUAAAAAUGCCCACCCCCCACCAAGGUUACACACUCUGCACUCAUAUGCACACACUCUGCACUCAUAUGCACACACUGCAUUCAUACACACACACACUCUGCAUUCAUUAUAUACGCACACUGUAAAUAAAUAUUCAAUUAACCCCUUAAGGACCAGCCUGUAUUUGCGAUGUUGUACGUUAAGGACCAGAGCGGUUUUGACACUUUUGUGGUGUUUGUGUUUAGCUGUAAUUUUCCGCUCUCUCAUUUACGGUUCUCAUACAAGUUAUAUAUUGUCUUUUUCAGGACGAGAAAGGCUUUCUUUACAUACAAUUAUUUGUAUCAUGUCAAAUAUUUUAUUUAAAAAAAUAAAAAAAAAUGGUGAAAAAUUGAAAAAAAAACAUGUUUUUGGACUUUUACUUGAAAAUCUUUUACUUAUCUACAAAAGCUAAUGAAAAAAAUUGCUAACUAGAUUCAAAAUUUUGUCCCGAGUUUAAAAACAGUGUUUACAUGCUUUAUUGCUUUUUUUUUUUUUGCAAGUUAUAGGCCUAUAAAUACAAGUAGGAAAUAUAUAUAUAUAUAUAAUAUUUUAAAUUUAUCAAUAGUGACAUUGUAAGUUUUCCCAGUUUUUUGGGGUAAAAUUAGGGGCCUCGACUUAUAUUCGGGUCGCCUUAUACUCGAGUAUAUACGGUACAUUUUACUUCAUUUAUACAGUGAAUUGUGCAAUUGUGUAGGAAAAGGCUUGAAAUUCGUUUAAAUUAAUAUUUAUGAUUUAAGUAAAAUGGAAAAUGUUUUAUGGAAACAAUAUGUUAAAAGUUCUCCAAACCGAUAUUACAGACCGCUGAUUCUUCUUUUAGAAGACCAUAACGCCACAAUAGCCUUAAUCUGUUGUUAAUCUGAUAUCUCUUUGGUGCUUUAUGAAAUUUGUGUAUCUCUCUUUAAAGGAACACUAUAGUUUCAGGAACACAAACCUGUAUUCCUGACCCUGUAGUAUUAAAACCACCAUCUAGCCCACCUGGCCCUCCAUUGCCUCCAUAAAUAUAGUAACAUCUUACUCGUAUUCAAGUCUGAAGCUGCUGGCUCUGCUUCUGAAACUGCCUGUGUCUGCUGACAUCAUCAGAAGUGGUGGUCUGAGCCAAUCACAAUGCUUCCCCAUAGGAUUGUCGGAGACUGUCAAGGAGGUAGAUCAGGGGCACAGCCCUGGCCAAUAUAUAUACGCCCUGAGAUGAAUUGAAUCAAUACAUCUCUAUGAGGAAAGUUCAGUGUCUGCAUGCAGAGGGUGGAGACACUGAAUGGCCAAAGAAGCACCUCUAGCAGCCAUCUGAGGAGUGGCCAGUGGAGUUAUCACUAGGCUGUAAUCUAAACACUGCGUUUUCUCUGAAAAGGGAACAAUUCUACUCACCAGAACAAAUACAAUAAGCUGUAGUUGUUCUGGUGACUGUAGUGUCCCUUUAAGGACACAGGCUGAUCCCUAAAGACUUUAUGCUCAAUUGGAAUGUUCUGCUUGUUUGGCAUUUGCAGCACUAAACAGUCUUGUGCAUUUAGUACCUCAGUGAAGUGGUGUGGGUGGCAUUGUUCCCUCCCCUACCCCUGUUUUAAUAUUGUAAGUGAAUGUUUGUUUAAUGCAUAUUUAUGUCAUUGGUCCUUAAUGGGGCACCUUUACUUAUUUAAAUACAUUUUUUUUUUCUUCAGUGGGAUCCCAUGAUCACUACCCUUCCUGGCUUAUAUCUGGCAUCUGUGGGUAUCGUUAAACCGGUUGCUUGGAUUUUUGGAUGGAAUGAAACCGUGGUCUGUUCUCCUGGAAUGCUCCGUUUUGUAAACCUUCUCUUCAGUCUCGGAAAUCUGUACCUGGUUUAUUUGAUCUUUUGCCAGGUUCACUUCAAACACAAGGUAUGUUUGCUAAUCGUAGAAAAACAAACAAAAAAAAAACAUGCACAUACUAAUAAUCUAUUGCCAACAAAUACAGAGUGCAGCAACCAAUCAACCAACAUUAUGUAAACCAGAUGAUGUGAAUUAUUGCACAAACCAUGAUUCUAAAAAGUGAAAGGGAAAGGCACAGAAUACAAAUAAAAGUGUUAGAAACACAAGAAUAAAAAGUGCUAAAACCAAGGACAGGUAGUCAUGCCAAAUGGUAGAGGGAGCAAAAGUACAAAGAAAUUAGAUACACAGUAGAUAAAAAAACACAAUUUUGAAUGGGUAGCUCUUAAACUGGAAAGAGGGUCACCAAUCCUCUAUAAGUCAAUAAGUAUACAAAUAUCCCUUAUAUUAAUAAGAUGUGAAGGUUCCAGGAGCUAUAGUAAAUCACAAUAGUAGCAGACUAAAAAAAUAGAAAUAAAAUAAACUAAGAUGUAGCUCAAGUUAAUGCGCUUUAAAAAAAAUAUAAUAAGUAUAAUAGUCCAAAUGUCCAAAAUUAUUCACAUAAGAUUAUAACUUUUAGAUAGAAGAGUUCACAUAAAAAAUCCAAAAAAGGAAGUCCACAGAAUGUAGCAUAUGGAUAGACACACUAAGCUGUGAAUAUAGACAUAAAUAUAUCCCUAUCCCUAUGUCAGUAUUAUAUAUUUUCCAGAAAGCAGUAAAUAUAAUACAAAGGAAAUCAAAAAAGAAAAAGGAAAAAAACUAAAAUGAAAGGACAGCACAGUACUAUAUCAACUGUGCGCCGGAAAAAACACGAGUUAAUGAAAAGAGGGAGAAGUGCUUCUUAAAAAAAAUUCCAAACCGCUUUAAUAAGUCAGUAGAUAAAAUCUAAAUUGAUCCAUAAACAAACUGUAGAAAAAUGAUACCAACGGUAGCUCUAGAUAGUCUGCAUUUGGUGGCUAUGGUGGUUGUCGUGAUGGAUGGGAGCUGCAAUCCUUGCUGUGUGUGGUCCUCCGGUGAGGUUGGUGUGCGUUCCACACGAAGCCUCACUCCAGGGUGUGCUUCCACCAAUCUCCGGAUGAUCUUUGGUAUCUCUCCAUGAUUCUAAUAAAUUCUUACAAGUUCAAGUACAAUCUCUACUUGUGUCUAUUAGAGAAAGCACAUGUAAAGAAAUUCACUUAGUGUACAUUGAUUGCACACUAUCAGGGUUCUUCACGAAAAAUAUCAAAUUUGCAGAGCAUAGCGCCUCAUUACUGCCUGUAUUUAAACGGAGUGGUGUUCUAUCUCCACCUGGGUACACAUCAAUGGGACUCACUAUCCAUCAUGUAUGGCUCCCCACACUCUAUCCGAAACAGGCUGGGGAGCUGCCCAUUUGGCAACGCUAAUAAUAAAAAAAAAAAAAAAAAAAAAAAAAAAAAAAAAAAAAAAAAAAAAAAAGUGCUUCAAAUGAUGAAUUCUCCUAUGUCCCAAAGCAUUAUGGUAAAGGGAUUGUAUCCAUAAAUGUGCACAAAGAGUGAUUAUUAUAAUAAUAAUAAAAAAAAGCAUAGUUAGAUGUUUACAGGUUUUUCAUAUGGGGUAUAUCUACUAAACAGUGAUUUAUUUUUUUAGUUUAUUUUUUUAAUUUGGGCAAUUGAGUUCCACUUUAAUCAGCUUUUUUUUUUUAUUGUGCUAUUCAUUUUAUGCAAACAUAUUUAAUUGUAAAAUUUUAAUUUCAGCUUUUCUUUUUCCUUUUAGGUUUCAAGUUUCAGGAAAAUCUUGUCCGCCCUCAAUUUGUACUUAUUUCCAACACUUUAUUUUUUUACCUUCCUUUAUUAUACAGACUCUGGAUCUACAUUUUUUGUUCUUUUCACUUACUUAAUGUGCCUUUAUGGGAACCAUAAGAGUGCCGCCCUUUUAGGGUUCUGCGCCUUCUGUUUUCGGCAAACAAACAUCAUAUGGAUCAUUUUCUGUGCUGGAAACGUCAUUGCAGAUGAGCUGACAAAAGCACGGAACAUUCACAUGAAGAAGAAAGAUGAAAAACCAGUGGAAAAAGGAACAAUUUCUGAAAUUGCUGAUAUUAUAAUAUUUAUUCUUCGUUACAUGUUAUCCUUUAAGAAUGUGUUAACUCUUCUUGUGUUAACGUGGCCAUAUGUUAUUUUAGUUAUUGCAUUCUUGGGUUUUCUUGUUGUUAAUGGUGGAAUAGUUGUAGGAGACAAAAGCAACCAUGAAGUCUGUUUUCACUUUCCCCAGUUGUUCUACUUCUUCGCUUUUACGCUUGUCUUUUCAUUUCCUCAGCUGAUUUCUUUACAGAAGAAAAAAGAUUUCAUUAAGGCGUUAAAAAGACAUUGUUGCUUAUACAUAGCAAUAACCUGUAUAUCUUUAUUUCUUAUUUGGAAAUUUACAUAUGUACAUCAAUAUUUGAUUGCAGAUAAUCGCCACUACACGUUCUACAUCUGGAAGAAAAUAUUCCAGAGACAUGAACUAGUGAAAUAUAUUUUAGUGCCGGGCUAUAUAUAUGCUGCUUGGAGCUUUGCCGAUGCUCUGAAGAGCAAGUCCAUUUUAUGGCUCUUGAUGUUUUUUACCUGUAUACUGGGUGCCACUGUUCCUCAAAAAUUAAUGGAGUUCCGUUACUUUAUCCUACCAUACCUCAUCUUCAGGCUCAACAUACCCAUCCCUUCUGUAACCAAACUUCUUCUGGAGUUGGCUCUAUACAUCUCUGUGAACUUAGUAACCUUCCAUCUGUUCUUAAAUAAGCCUUUUUAUUGGCCUGAUCACGAGGAAACCCAGAGAUUUAUGUGGUAAGCUGAUGACUCACUUUUGUUGCUGCCCUGGCACCAAAACUGUUUAUUUUGACUCGAACAACUCUUCAGGGUUUGCACCAGGCCUGACCAAAUAGACAAUUCAUAUUACUGAGUUUUGAAAUGUAGAAUUAUGCACUUGUGGUUUCGGAAUCAAAAUUGGCCAAUUGGUUGCUUUACUACACUUGUCGGAUCAUAACUGGGAGUCUACAGAUUGUUCAUCCUUUAAACAUUGCAUAGUGAUUAUUAUGAAUCACAUGGAUAAUCAGACUGACAUUCUUUGGGUUGGUAAUCCACACGUUGUUUGGAAGAGGAUUGCAUUUCAAGAUCUGGAAUUCUCAGGUAUUUGCCCUGUGAUUAAAGAGGCACUCCACACACCGUAAGCACUAAAGACCCCUUGUUCACCAUUUUGCUAUUACAGAAGAUACACUUUUGCAUUAGAUAUAUCAGGUCUAUCUGUGUUUGUACAACAUUUAUUUCCUUGGUGAGUUGAUACAAUCAGCUGAUAAAUGCCACUUGGAUACAAUUGAUAUUGUUAAUGCAGAAGUGUAACUUCCACAGUAGCCAUAUUGCUUGAGAAGAAGAGCCAUGUGCAUCCAGGGGCCCCUCUGUUGGAGUUCAUCCACUUCUUCACUGGUUUGACACAGAACUAAAGGAUGGUACCCGCUAUAGUGCUUAUGAUGCUUGGAUUGCCCCUUUGAAUUUAGGUUUUCAAAUUGGGCACAGAUUAAACGUGACUGUUUCAUAAAGUUGUGUGAGAUGGUGGUUUGUGAUUUAUUUGUCCCCCCCUCCACACUCCCCUCUCCCCUUCUUCCAGUAAGUAGCUUACUAUUACGCACAGUAACGUUCAUGUAACAAAAAAUAUUUUUGACACAGAAUUCUAAUAUGUUUAAAUAUAGAUUGUUUUGCAAAGGUGUAGUAUUUUUGUUAAAUUAGAGAAAUCGGUCUUCAUUCUUUUUUAUUGAACACAAAAUAAUGUAUGUAAUAUAGCUUUGUGUAUUAUUUUGUAAUGAAUACAUAUAAAUGAAUAUCCCUGUUAAGUGAAUCUCUUAGCUUAUUCUCGCUCUGUUAGGUGGCCAUUAUUAGCCCUGCACUGUUGAGGUGCUCUGUGUUUGUACAUGAUGGCAGAAUUUGAACUCUUGAUUAUGAAUUAUAAAAAAAAUACACUUAGAGGCUACAACAGUAUGAUGCAUUAUUUAGGUGUUGUUUUUUUAAUUAAAAAAAAUAAAAAUUACAGUUGAAGACCAGAUCCUUUUAGUUUUAUAAUGCAAGAUUAAUAUUGAGACAUUUGGGGAUUCUUGUUUAUAUUAUUGUUUCUUAAAACUGUCUAAAAAAAAAAAAAAAAAAUCCUUUUCAGGUAGGUAUAUAUUAAAUCUAAUUACUGUCCUGAUGAAAUCAGUGUAUAAAAAAAAUAUAUAUAUAUUUACCAGAGGUACCUCAUCCUUCCAAAAGUCUUAACAUAUUAAAUCUAGAGGUUUUUACGUGUCUUUUGUAUAUGCAUACAUAUACAUAAUGUGUACAUUGUCUAAAUAUUUGAGGGGACAUAGCUUCUAGAUAAAUCACUGCUGGAAUUGAUUGUUUAAAAUAACAAAUAUGUAUUUGCGAGUAAUAAAAAAUAAAGUUUAAAGGCUUUCUCCAACCAAAAAACAGUGUUUUUAUUAAAACAUUGUUUUUGUUAGAGUAACUUUUCAUAUCCUGGUCCCCUUCCUCAUUCUAAAAUAAAAGAUAGCAUCUGCCCCAGGGCUAAGUUCUAAUUGCAGCCCGAUCUUCCUUGAUUUGACAUCACUUCCUAGGUUAGGGGAAGACAUUGACGACACAUAACAGGUUAUGUCCCGCCACCGUGCUGGUUAGAUGCUAACUUUGAACCAAACUCACAAUAUCCAACCUGGAACAGUGUUGACUAAUGAUGCCCAAAUGGUGGGGUUACACCUCUGGCAGCAGAGGGGUUAAACUCUCUAUGUGCAACAGUUUUAUAACUCCAGGCACCAUGACUACUUGAAAUUACUAUAGGGUUACAUGAAGCACCAUGAGCAAUUAAGUGAUUUAAUUGGUCAUGGUGCUUGGAUUCUGUAUGUGCAGUGUUUUAGCUUGAAACAUUUCAAAUCUAAAGUUUUAACUCCUAACACCUCCAGCAGCAUUAUUAACUAGCCAGGAACGAGUGCUAGUUAAAUCUGUGUAUAUUUGUGUCUGUCAGCAUGUAUUGCACAGCCUCCCGUCAGACCCAUUAAGCUUGCUGUUGUGGUUAUGUGCCUGUAGUACCCUGGUACACCACCACCUUCAGAACAGUUUGACAACUUACAUGGGGUCCACUGCAGCCACAAGCUCCUGCACUGAGUUAAGCCAACAAUGUAGCCAGGUGCUCAUUGGCUGCAAAGUUUAGUUCAGUUGACCUAAUGGAAGCUUGUUACAGGAGCUUCCAGCUCCAGAGGAUGUGGUAGUGGGUGCCAUGCGGGUUUUCAUUGCAGUGUUACCACACCACUAGUGGCUGUUUUCCUGACAGCCACAAGAGGUGCUACAGCUGCAGUAACAAAUGCAAACUUAAUUAUUCAAUCAAAUGCUUCUCAUAAUGAGUAGUUGAAUGGUGCAUUGAGGCAUUUUGCUGUGUCUGCAACUAGCUUUCCAAUGCCUAGACUGAUAAGGAGGCCAUGUGGCAAUGGCAAGACCAGUGCACUGCGGGAUAUAAUUUAAGUAAAACUUUUUUUUUUUUUAAUCUAAAUAGGUAGGGUAAAACUAUAGCAUUAGUGAAACGUGUUUGCAUUCCUAACAGUGUUUUAAUGCCUACCUUUAUUGCAGUUUGUGGGUUUUCUUUCUUUAUUAGCAAUAAUGAAUGGAUAUACUGUUCAGUUAAUAUCUUUAAGAAAAAGCAUGAUAUGCUUCCUUUCUUAGUAUUCUCAUGGUGUUUUCUGUUUCUGAAAAGAUCAAGUGUAUAGUGUGUAGAUCCUACUUUGGAAAUAUAUAACAGCUACUGGUAUAUACUUUAAAAUGGCCAAUUGAUGGCAGUAUUUAGCUUGGUUUGUGCUUUGUUAACUUCAAUUACAUUGUGUGGUAUAAACAUGUAUUUGUCACUUCCCAACAGAUGGAAAAAAUUGAUUCUAUUUUUUUUGUUACUUUGAACUAAUGUACAGACAUUUUUUUUUUUUUUUUUUUAAAUAAAAUAUUUUUUUGCAUUAA